CUUGGUUCUUAUAAACCCGGUCGUCUCUCCUUGUCCUUACGUUCGUCCUCAGUGCAGGAUAACGAAACGGCUUUUUAUUUUAUUUUUUAUUUAAAAAACAGGAGCUAUAUCAACUAUUUACACUAAAAACAACACUGAGAUCUUUCCAAUAUAAUCUAGCUCUUUUUUUUAACAGUUAUUCUUUUUAAAUUUAGUUGUGAGAGGUUGAUCGGAAACAUAUCGAGACUUGGACAAUCGUUUAGAAAGAUGGACACUAUAAUUCGACGCUGCCCGUUCCUGUCCCGUGUUCCCCAGGCCUUCUUCCAGCAGGCCCGGAAAUCGCUGGUGGUCUAUGCCCAGAAAUGUCCUGUGAUGAUGGAUCUGGCUUCCAAGCCUCUGGCCCGCUCUCUCUGUUCCUCCUCGGCUAGCUUCCAGAAGGCUGAUGACACCGUGACUUCAGCCCAGACGUCAGUCGAGAAGGUAGCUGAUGGAGGCACCACCACCAAGCUGCCUCAAAGUCACCCCCAUCCCAUGCCCCCCUCUGGCCAGGCCUCGGUGGCCUCCAAGUGCCCCUUCCUGGCGGCUGAGAUGGGCCAGAACAGCAGUGUGGUCCGCCAGGCUAGCAUCCAGCUGCAGGAGGAUGUGCAGGAGGUGCGCACCGUCCAGAAAGAUGUGACCCCAGCCCAGGCUCUGGCCAGUAGUUCUUCCUCAAAGUCUGGAGGUCUUACCCGAACCGAUCUGAUGAAGAAGCUGCUGAAUCAACGUCCAACCAGGGUGUCCCAUUUACUGCAGGAGAACAUGCCCAGCUUCUCUAACUUCCGCUACGAUGAGUUCUUUGAGAGGAAGAUUGAGGAGAAGAAGAGCGAUCACACGUACCGUGUCUUUAAGACGGUAAACCGGCGGGCCACGGACUUCCCCAUGGGUGACGACUACACCGACUCCCUCAGCGACAGGAGAGAUGUGUCUGUGUGGUGCUCCAAUGACUACCUGGGCAUGAGCAGACACCCACGGGUCGUCCACUCCAUCACGGAGACGUUACGUAAGCACGGCAGUGGGGCUGGAGGAACCAGGAACAUCUCUGGGACCAGUAAAUUCCACGUGGAAUUGGAACAGGAACUAGCAGAUCUCCACAGGAAGGACGCUGCGCUACUCUUCACUUCCUGCUUCGUAGCCAAUGACUCCACUCUGUUCACCCUGGCCAAGAUGAUACCAGGCUGUGAAAUAUAUUCUGAUGCAGGGAAUCACGCCUCAAUGAUCCAGGGCAUCAGGAACAGCGGAGCCAAGAAAUUUGUAUUCCGUCACAAUGACCCCGAUCACUUGAGAGAGCUGCUGCUGAAGUCAGACCCGACCGCUCCAAAGAUCGUAGCCUUCGAGACGGUCCACUCCAUGGAUGGUGCGGUGUGUCCUCUGGAGGAGUUGUGCGACGUGGCCCAUGAGUUUGGAGCCAUCACGUUUGUAGACGAGGUCCAUGCGGUGGGGCUGUACGGCGCCAGGGGAGGAGGUAUCGGGGAGCGAGACGGCAUCAUGCACAAGAUGGACAUCAUCUCUGGAACACUGGGAAAAGCGUUUGGCUGUGUUGGAGGCUACAUCGCCAGUACCGAUGCCCUGGUGGACACAGUGCGUAGCUACGCUGCAGGCUUCAUAUUCACCACGUCUCUACCUCCCAUGCUGCUGGCUGGCGCCCGCGAGUCCAUCCAGACCCUUAAAGGGGAGGAGGGCCGCUCCCUCCGGAGGAAACACCAGCGUAACGUGAAGCUGCUGAGACAGAUGCUCAUGGACUCCGGACUGCCCGUCGUCCACUGUCCCUCUCACAUCAUCCCUGUCAGGGUGUCCGACGCGGAGAAGAACACGGAGGUUUGUGACGUCAUGAUGACUCGUUACAACAUCUACGUCCAGGCCAUCAACUAUCCCACGGUCGCCCGGGGGGAGGAGCUUCUACGCAUCGCCCCCACGCCGCACCACACCCCUCAGAUGAUGACGCACUUUGUCGAGAAGCUGGUUCAGACGUGGAAGGAAUCCGGUCUACCUCUGAAGCCCCAUUCUUCAGGAGAGUGUAACUUCUGCCAGCAGCCGCUGCACUUUGAGCUGAUGACUGAGCGAGAACAGUCUUACUUCAGAGGCCUGAGCCACCCCAUAUCAGCUCACGCAUGAUGACACUACAGAAUACACUCAACCCAUUCCUCUGUCUCCGUCCCAAAUCACCCCACCUUUCCCUCAGCCCUACAUUUUGAGCUUUCACUUGCACCUCCGCCAUAUGCACGACUGUCCCAAAGCUGAGGGAUUAAAAAUUAUCGAGGGUUUAAGGAGCUAAUUAGACACUCUGAUAGCCACUUCGACCAAGCCUGUGUUUUGGAGUUUGCGCAAUUUCAUACAAAAGAAUGGAAUUAGCGUGCCUAAUUAUCUGCAAUGUGCAUUUGUUUGUCUAAUUUUGAAAAGCUUGAUACAUGUAACAAAUGGAAUACCUCCCAAAUUAAAUAUUUAACUGUUAUCUUGUAAAACGA